AAUAACUCCAAAAAACAACCUUAUCCGCCUCACCUUCCCCUUGUGGACACACUAUUUUCUUAACAAAACUAUAAACAAUAAUAAUUCCACAAACACAAAACAGAUGGGGUUUUGUAAAAGAAAAUUAAAAACAUCAAUAAUAUAAUAGUACUUGUACUAUAGAAAAACUAAAGUUUUAAAAAAUGCCUAUUGAAUUCGAUCUGCCCGAGGAAGUGUUGGAAGUACUGCCGUCAGAUCCAUUCGAGCAACUCGAUGUGGCGCGUAAGAUCACUUCCAUUGCUCUCUCCACGCGCAUCUCCGCCUUGGAAUCUGAAGCCGACGCGCUCCGCCGCCAGCUGUCGGAGAGGGAUGACAUCAUCAACGACCUUAGCUCACAACUCGACUCCCUCGACUCCUCACUCUCCGACGCCUCCGAUAGACUUACACGCGCCGAGCAAGACAAGGAGAGUUUGGUGAAAGAGAAUGCAGCGCUGUCUAAUACUGUCAAGAAGCUUAAUCGUGACCUUACUAAGUUGGAAGCCUUCAGAAAGACACUAAUGCGAUCGCUGAAUGAGGAAGAAGACAACCUGGCUGGAGCUCCAGAUUAUACUAAAAAUGGACAAACCCAAUCAGAUGAAGAUUCUUCCUUGCCGCCUGCAAAACCUCCUCAUCGAAGCCAGUCAACAGAGAGUGGAUAUUCACAUUCAGAGGAUGCCGAGUCAGAAACUUCUAGGCCUCGCAUAUCAGCAGGCCUGUUGUUAGCAUCACAUAGCAGCACCCCCCGUCUUACUCCUCCUGGUUCCCCUCCAAGUCUUUCAGCAUCUGUGUCUCCUUCAAGGUCGCCAAGACCACUAUCUCCAAGGAGACAUUCUGUUUCAUUCUCAACAGCAAGAGGCAUGUAUGAUGACAGAUCUUCAGUAUUUUCUACAUCCUCUGGUCAGCAUGGCUCGAUGUCAGGCCUUGAAACUGGAUCACAAACUGCACGAACUCGAGUGGAUGGGAAAGAGUUCUUCCGACAAGUCAGGAGCCGGCUAUCGUAUGAGCAGUUUGGUGGUUUUCUAGCAAAUGUCAAGGAAUUAAACGCGCACAAGCAGACAAAAGAGGAAACUUUGCGGAAAGCAGCUGAAAUUUUUGGUGAAGAAAACAAGGACCUUUAUACCAUCUUUGAAGGGUUGAUAAGUCGUAAUGCCCAAUAAAAUGUCCAAAGCUUGAACGUAAUCAUCCUACAAUUGGAACAUGUUACAUGUAUUUUUACUGUAAAGUGACUGAAUAAACUAAAUGUACCAAAAGUUUGUAAUUAUUGUUUCUCUACAUUGGGGCUUCUUCUUUUGUAACCCCGACUUAUUGUUUUAUAGCUUCACCAGCAAAAAAGAAUUCCAUGUA